AUGCAGUUCACUCUCGCCGCUGUUCUUGGCCUCGCUGCCACCGUCGCUGCCCUUCCCCCCGUCGGCCCUUCCGCCGGUGGUAUUGGCAACGCUAACGGCGUUGGCAACAAGGGCAACACCAACGUCAAGUUCCCCGUUCCCGAGAACAUGACCGUCAAGCAGGCUCAGGCCAAGUGCGGUGACCAGGCUCAGCUCUCUUGCUGCAACAAGGCUACCUACGCCGGUGACACCACCGAUGUCAACUCUGGCAUGCUCGGCGGUACUCUGUCCAACCUGAUCGGUGCUGGCUCCGGUUCCGAUGGUCUUGGUCUGUUCGACCAGUGCUCCAAGCUGGAUCUCCAGAUCCCCAUUCUCAUUGCCGUCCCCAUCCAGGACUUGGUCAACCAGAAGUGCAAGCAGAACAUUGCCUGCUGCCAGAACUCCCCCUCGUCCGCCAACUCGGACCUCAUCGGUGUUGGCCUUCCCUGCAUUGCCCUCGGCUCCAUCAUCUAA